ACCGGCGGCGAGUGGCGGCGGCAGCACCAGCAGCACCGGCGGCGGCACGACCGAGCAGCAGUCGGCUGUUCCGUGUGUUUGGUGCAUGGCCCCGUCGUACGUACGCGAACAGUUUCACGCACGCAGCGCACAAGUACGGUCGCCGCCGAACGUGUAACCGUCCGUAACGCGUGCGGUGGUGGUGGUGGUGGUGGUGGUUGUUGUUGUUCCGCCGCGGACGGGUUGGCCGACGGAUCGUCUCGUGUACAGCGGCGGGCCCAUCGCGCGCGACCACGGCGCCCCGGCCAGAGGUUUCACGCGGCCGGCAGCGGGGCGGUCGACGCCGACCACGACGGACGCCGUGAGCCCUGCGCCGUCAUGAUGCCCGUCAUCAGUUCCACGACGUGGGUACGUACACCGCGGACCGGUCGUCGCACAUCACCAUGGUAGUAGGUAGUUCAUGACCAUUAUUUACUACAAUUACCGUUCUCAAUAUUCAUGCACACCUUGCGGAACCUUUAAGAUCGUCUCACAGAACCCUUUGGUUCCGCGGAACACACUUUGAGAACCGUUGCCCUAACGCACCGACGAGAUGUGACACGGUUUCCGGCCGGAACGAUUCCAAUUGUUGGUAUAACGUUAGGCGCGUCCCCGCCCGCUACCCCGGCGGCAGCGCAGCGUUCUUCCGUUGUCGUUUUGCGUUGACCGAAAAUAUUAAUAUUGUCGCGCUAAGCCGUCAGGUCCGGCGUUCUCCCCGGUCGGUCAAAGUGUUAUACCAAAGGGUUGUACGACGACAGCGGCGAAGAACCUCGCUUUCGUGCGGAUGUCCAACAAUAUUAUACCCCGUUCCGUUGUCGUCAUAGUCAUCCUAAUGUUGUCGAUGUAGUUUUAAUAAUCCCUGCCGUACCGCCCAUCGUCGGUCGACCCGUCGGAAACGGAUUUCCUGUGCUUCGGGUCGGGCGGCAGCAGCACGAGCAACAACGAAUCGAAUCAAUUUUUCCGCACACAGCGCAUUUAAGUACACACACGCACACUACUCGGGGUUCCGACAAUCAGUUAACUCGCCAUCGAUCCUGAUAGAUGAUACGUCCGCAGCUUUGCGACAUGUUCACGUUUGAAUCGGGCUCGUCAAAACGGGCAACCGUGCCGCUAGUGUGACAUGGACAAGCGUGAACACGUGAGGAAAUUGCCUCCUCUGGCUUCAUCCGAAGAUCUCAGUGAGGAUUUAUUAGACAGUCCGGAAGCAGAUAUAAAAAACAAAUGUUUAGAAGGCAUCGAGGAAGUGCCAAACACACCGGCCAAGUCACCGAGACAACAGACAUUAUGUUUGGCGAUGCCCAACACCCCGAGGAUAGACAUCUCUCGAGCCAGCAGUUCUUCGCACCACGACGAUAGUAGUCCCGAGAGAGAUUUGUUUGUCGACGCCGACGGAAAAUCAAUUGAAUCUGUGAAAUCUUGUCUGGGAUACACGGAAGAAAUUAUAUCUGAUCUCCAUAGCAGCACUGAAGAAUUAAACUUUCACGACUUAACCGAGUCGGAAAUCAGAAGGCGGCGGUCCAAACUGCAGCCUCAAUACGCGGUCUCUGACGCUACUAUGGAUACGGAUUUUGCUGCUGAUCGAAGAGAUACAGCUAGCGAAUCCGGUUUUCUUUGCAUUAGUGGCCGUAGUAGCCGCGUAUCUUCAGUAGGUUCAGUACACUCGACUGCUUCUAUAGCUUCAGCAGCAUCACGUUUAUCUGCUGCAUCGAAUUAUUCCAGAGCUUCCCGUGGUUCAUCGCCACAUAGAGUUCUCUUGGAGACGUCCUUUUGUGGUCCAAAAUCACCUGAACACUUUGCCAAUCGACAGCUGAUUCUUAACAACGACGACGACGACGAUCUAAGUGAACCAACAGUCAGACCAAAAUUAGCCGACAUUGAAACGCAAACCGAACAAAGGCCAAAAAAAGUCCACGUAGAAUCUGUAAAGAAAGAAAUAAAAAACGAUCAAGUUAAAGCAAAAGUGAAAAAAACUGUAAAAUCAAAAGAAAUAAAAGAAGUAAAAGUAAAGAGAGAAACAAAAACUCCAGUCAUGGAGGAUAAACCGCAUGAAAAAAAAAUUAAGGAAAAACCUACUUCUAAAGUAAAAGUUGUUCUCGAUAAUCCAAAAACACAAACAUUUGUGCCUUUAGAUAGUCUUGAUGAUGAUGAUAUAGAAAUAAUUCAGGGUAAUGCGCCAAAACAAGCUCCCGCAGCUAUACCUUUAGAAAAACCUCGGCCAAAGAUAUCUACUGGGGAAAAUCAAAUUUACAUUCCAUUGAAAGCUGAUCCAAACGAACAUGGAUCUGCUAAUCCUACUAGCCCUAAGCGGUUAAAACCAUUUACAAAUCCGACAUUGGUAAAUUUCAUCAAUAGGGACCCAGCUACUAUUGAGUCAUCGUCUAGAAGAAUAAGAAGACCAGUUAGAUCAGGCUCACCAGGAAUCCGAGAAGAAUUUCAAAAGUUCAUAGCGAGUACAGAUGAAGAGGCUGAUGGCAAUUCAGUAAAACCUGUAAAGUUAAGAAAACAAAUAAGCGUUGACAUGACCAAAAGAAAAUCUAUCGAUCAAGACUGCUCUUCCAGAUCUAUGUCACCAUCCAUAUUUGAAGAGUUUCAAAAAUUUAUUUCUGAACCAGAAGAUGGAGAUCUAAAUGUAACUAAACUAGAAUCAAAAAAUCGUUGCUCGGCUAUUUCUAUAACAAGUCGUGAAGUUCAGUCUGUAGUUUGCGCAGGGUUGACAGAUAGUCCGAAUCUUGGAAGAUCAUUAUCUCCGUCAAUACACGAAGAAUUUCAUAGAUUUAUUGCACAACCAGAUGACGAAGAAAAAGGUAUUAUACAUAAGACAUUGCCACACUCAGCAUAUAAAAAUCCAAUCGAAGGAAGCCCUUCGUUGUCAACUUCGAGUAAUAUUCGUUCUAUCUCACCGAGUAUUUAUGAAGAAUUCCAAAAAUUCAUAGUAGAACCAGAAGGUAAUGAUAAUUUACUACCACCGCCACCACCGAGAAAACACGAUAAUGAUUUACACCCGGACGAAGCUCCUUGUAGUAGAUCGGUGAGUCCAGGAAUUCUUGAUGAAUUUCAGAAAUUCAUAAGUGAACCGGAUGACGACGUAUCCGGCAGAAAAAAAUGUGACCCUCCUCCUCCACCAGCUAAGACUCAACAAAUGAUUAAGGUUCAAGUACAUUGUACUCCGGGAAGUCCGCCCCCUGGACAAGUAGUCAUCAAAAAUACAGGAAGACCUAAAUCUGAUGACCUAGUAAAAAUCAUACCACUUAAAAGCGAAGAUGAAGAUUCAGAUCAGCUACAAUCCGUAUCUUCAUCGCAAGCUCAGAUCCUCAGGAGGCGUUCCGAGUCUUCCAAAGAAGCCAGACCGAAAACCGGUACACUGGAGAAAUCUAAGGACCGCAGAGGAUCGAGCCGUUCACUAAUUGGAUCACUUCUACAACGAGCUAGUAGCUUCAGAAGUAUAGGCAAAAAAUCCCCAAAACAAUCUAGUACGUCGGAAUUGGUUGAUAUCGAUCCAAAGUUUACUAACGUCGAGUUUAAAUUUAAGCAAGAUAUUGAAAAAGACACGGUUAUCAUCCCACUGCAUUCCCCUAAUGACAGUCCCGAAGAACUAGUCGAUAGUGAUUCAGAUUCCAAUAUCACUAGGGCCGUUGUUCACGUUUCGUAUGAACCUAAACUUGUAGAUGUGGAAACUAAAUCGACAAAACAACAAUUACUACCCAACAACACUAUAAUCAUAAAUGAAAACAAAACGCUUAAAGGAUCUAUCGACAAGAUUGACAAUGUCGUCGACGAUACCGUCGAAAAUAUGAAAAUUGUCAAAGAAAAAAAACACAAAAACGACUACUGUACGAUUACGAACGAUUUAGCGAAACUCGAAGAGUCGUCAUUAUCACCCGGAACGAGUCGAUCGGCAGUUGAUCCCGUACACUCUGCGAACAGUAACGACACGUCACCGGACUCGGAAGUGAUGUCGUCGUUAUCAAUUGCCGCCACCGAGGAGGAGAAAAAAAAAUUAUUCAGCCACCCCAAUUCAGUGGAUGAAGAAUUGCCGCACGUGCCGACGACGCUUCCGCUUGAAAGGUCGGUCGCCGUGCCCAUCGUACCGGUCAAGCACCGAAUUGCCGAAACCAAGACUUGUUCGUUGGACAGGCCGGCCAGAUGCAAUACGCCCAGCGCUGAUUUGCCUUCGGGCCUGGGAACGUACGCGAUCGCGGCUGCGUUCGAAGAAUCGCCAGCCGUCACCAGCAAAAUACAAAUCAAACUUCCAAAAUUGAACAAGACAACGAUCGUCCAAACGGCUUCCGCCGCGACGAGCGGCUAUUGCAGUACCGAUCCGCCGAGACGCCGUAGGGCCCGCAGCGUGAACGUAUCGAUGAACUGCUCGCGCGGUCGCUGGGUCGACUUCGACGACGACAGCUGGAAGGACGACGCGGCGCUGAAGCCGAGGUCGCCCAAGAAGAUCACCAUCCUGCCGAUGUCCAUGAGACCGCGUAGGAGGUCGUCGUCGACCAACGUGGCGGACUCGCGGUGCAGCUGCGACUGUCACCACAACCACGACCCGUGGCCCAUGACCAGAAACCGAAGCGACACGACGUAAUGAGAAAACGAACAGAUAAAAAAACUCCCGUUCGCAUUUCAUCCAUUUUCAUGUUUACUAGGUUUUUUUUUCAUCGUAAAUACAUUUAUAUAUAUUAUACGUAUGAAAAUUAAAAUAUACUAAUUAAUUUUCAA